AUGGCGUCCAACCUUCUGUCUAGGUUGCUCCCUUCUGCCUCGGACGACCCUCUUGAAGGAGGACCGCAUAGCACCACCACCACCGCUCACCACCGCCACCACUCCUCGUCCACUGACGAACGACACGAGAUAGACAUCGACGAGGAGAACUUCGAGGCCAGAUUCGAGGAGCAAGAUCUCGCACAUUUGCUAGAGGAAGCCUCGUCGAGCCAGAUGACGACUGAGAGCCGUGCCGUCUCGCCAGACAACAGACGGAAUCCGCUGCGGGGAGCCAGCGCAAGUCGGACGGCGCCUGCCUGGGGACAGCCUGGCCCAGGGCGGGGUCUCGCGCUAGACGACGAUGACGAUGUACCGCAGAGCUUGUUGCUAGAAGGCGGGCAAGAUGCAGGUCCCUCAAACCCCCACACCCACACUGAGGCUGGCGGUCUGCCCAUGCCGGUGCCCGGUCCGACGACACGACAGACGCGAGCACAGUGGGAAGCUACACGAACACAACAGAAACUGCAUACCGACGAGAGAAGGGGUGCACCGUCACGGCCUUGGGGCCAUACUUCGAGGCCAGGUCACUUUGCGGCAGACCCUAGGGAAAAAGCGCUGUGGCUCUGGGUCAAUCAGACCGAUCUGGACUCGUACAUGAGGGACGUCUACGACUACUAUGUUGGCUGUGGUAUCUACUCGAUCCUCCUGCGGCGCGUCUUGACGCUCGCACAGUCAACCUUUGUAGUUGGCUUUGUCACCUUUCUUGGAUGGUGCAUCGACUACUCCAAGCUCACUGGGAGCACCCGGAUGAGCCAGGUCCUAGUACCGAAGUGCACUAAGAGUAUACACGGCUUCUGGAUCUUCACCAUCUGGCUCUUCACCAUCUACUUCUUCUACUCAUUGUGGACCAUGGUCUCCGCCAUACCGCGCCUACGAGCCAUGCACGACUUUUACCACUACCUCCUUGACAUUCCCGAUCGGGACAUCCAGACCAUACAAUGGCAGCAAGUAGUGAGUCGGAUCAUGGCCUUGCGAGAUCUCAAUCUGGCCACCGCGCCCAAUCUGUCCGCAGAAACAAGGAAGCUCCUCGAUUCCAAGAGUCGACAACGAUUAGAUGCUGUCGACAUUGCCAGCCGGCUCAUGCGGCGCGAUAAUUAUCUGAUUGCUUUGUUUAACAAGGAGAUCUUGGACGUUACUGUACCACUCCCCAUCCUCGGCAAUCGAUACAUCUUCUCCGAGACCACGAGGUGGCAUGUCAAUCUCGCAGUCAUGGACUUCGUCUUCAGUGGUCCCAACGGCCAGUUCAAUCCAGACUUUUUAAAGGAGCGGAACCGGCGAGAGCUUGUGAAGAGGCUCAAGACGCGCUUCUUCUGGACCGGCAUAAUCAGCAUUCUCUGUGCACCAUUCGCUGUCCUCUUUGUGCUCGCUUCCUAUCUGUUCAAGUACUUCACGGAAUACCAUCGAGAUCCUGGACAGUUGAGCAACCGCGAUUUUACUACAUUCGCGCAGUGGAAGUUCCGUGAGUUCAACGAGUUACCCCAUCUUUUCGCCCGCCGUCGUAAUAUGGCAUAUCCAUAUGCAAAUCUUUAUCUAGCUCAGUUUCCCAAAGACAAGACUGAGCAGAUAUCCUCGUUCGUAGCCUUUGUUGCUGGCGCUUUUGCUUUCGUUCUCGUCGCAUUUACCCUCCUUGACUCCGAACUCUUCCUCAACUUUGAAAUUACACCAGGUAAAACAGCCAUUUUCUGGAUUGGGGUCCUCGGGACAAUUUACCGCGUCGCUCGGGGCAGCAGUCCCCAGGAAGAUCAAGUUACGGACCCGUCCUACUAUCUCAACCACGUCAUCUACCACACGCACUACGAGCCGGAAUCGUGGCAGGAUAGACUCCACACUGACGAAGUCCGCGCUGAGUUCUCAAAACUCUACCAACCCAAGGUCCUCAUCUUCGCUGAAGAGAUUCUGAGCAUGGUGAUCACGCCCUUCCUGCUCAUGUUCCGCCUCCCCGACUGCAGCGAACGCAUCGUCGACUUCUUCCGCGAAUUCUCCAUUGUCGUCGACGGCCUAGGCGUGACGUGUUCCUACUCCAUGUUUCCCUUCAACAAAGGCACACGCGCUGCCAAUAACAUUCCCGCCAACGGAACUGGGGCACGCAGAGAAGACCCAGACCUAAGAGAAGAUUACUUCAUGGCCAAAGACAAUAAGAUGCUAGCCUCAUACUACGGCUUUCUAGAUACAUACAACACACCCGGUGGAGGCCCCAACUACAACGGCCGUCUCCAGAGCCGCGCCAACUUCCACCCUCCCCCACAAUUCCCAAACAACUUCGGCGCCAUGUCGCAGACCGCACAACCUGCUGACCUAGCCGUCCGCGGAACCAGCAGAGGACCCCCAGCUCAUCUACCCACCCAGCGCAGAACACCAAGACACGGCCCCUCAAACAGAGACGAGCCCAUCAACUCCAUCCUCCUAGAUCCACACCACCACCCCUCUUCUGCCUCUGGCCUCCGCACUUCGCCCCGCCAGCCCGCAUCCGGACGCUACCGCACGCCGUUGCAAACGAACCCUCACGCUGCGCCUGGUACGUCGAACACACGCAUCGAGGAGGAAAGCACAAUUGGCGAUUCUUGGCGUACGAGCCGUUUGGCGCAGGACGAGGAUGAGGAGGAAGAUGUUCCUGGUGCGAAUAGGGGCGGCGUCUUGCAGUUGCUGCAGCAGUUUUCAAAAGCGCAGGCUGAGGGGCGGGGAGCGGGGGUUGGGGUUUGA